CUCCGGGCCGGCGGCUCCGCCAUGUCCGGCCUCAGCCCGGGGGUGCCGCGCCGCUUCCAGGAGCUCACCUUCUACCGCGGCUACGGGCAGCCGCAGGGUCACCCCCGCUUCCGGACCGUCAACCAGAGCUACGGCAGCAGGGCCCCCACGGUGCACGAGCUGCCGAACUCCUUCCACUCCCUCUCGCACAAGUUUUCGGAUCACCUGGGCAAGAUUGGCAUGUACAGGAACGAGAGCCUGAACACGUCCCUGGAGAAGAGCCACUGCACCGGCUCCGACACCUUCAUCACCGCCUACGAGCACCUGGAUUUCCACCCCAGCUACAACCCCAGCGGCCCCUCGCACUGCCGGGACCAGCCGCUGUAGCCAGGACACGGCUGCAGCGCUUGGCUGCCUUGGGAAAUACACCCACAGCCAGCCUUGCUACUAAACACACCCGCCAGAUUACAGAGGGAAUGGUAUUUAGGAGUAAUACGUUAAAGAUUUAAUGUGGUUAAGUGUCAGUUAGGUAGCUGAUGUGAAGCAUUUUACCUAAUUUAUCAGCAGCAUAUAAAUGCUAGAACUACAUAAAUUCCGUAUUUAUCCCGUUAUCCCCUUCUCUGUCACUAAUGAUCCUUUACACUCUUGCCUCAUGUACCAUGUAUCAUUAAAAAUUAAGACUAAA